CCACCAAUGAUCCUUUGCUUCAAGUACUUCUUCUUCUUCUUCUUCUUCUUCCUAUGGAUCCUUCUGGCCCAUUCUUGCAAAGCAAUUUCUAACCACCAACAACUGGCACUCAAAAACAUAUUCAUCCUCGCAGGACAGAGUAACAUGGCCGGCCGCGGAGGCCUCGUUGUCGAGAACUCCGCCACCGGCGCGCAGAUCUGGGACGGCGUCGUUCCGCCGCAGUGCCGGCCCAACCCGUCGGUGCUCCGCCUGAACGGCAAGCUCGAAUGGGUCGAAGCCCAAGAGCCUCUCCACGCAGACAUCGACGUGGCCACCGUCAAUGGGGUUGGGCCGGGCAUGGCGUUCGCCGAUGCAGUCUUGGCCAGGGACCGGGGCUUCGGGCCCAUUGGGCUGGUCCCGUGCGCUAUCGGCGGGACCAAUAUCAGCCAGUGGGAGAAGGGGAGCGUUCUCUACCGGCGCAUGGUGAGGAGGGCUCGGGCUUCGGUGGCCGACGGCGCCGGUGGCUCGAUCAGAGCGGUGUUGUGGUAUCAAGGUGAGAGUGAUACCAUUGUUAAAAAAGAUGCUGAGUCUUAUGGACGGAGAGUGGAGAAGCUGUUUCAAGACAUUCGGAUGGAUUUAAUGUCUCCCAUGUUGCCUAUAAUCCAGGUUGCUUUGGCAUCAGGAGGACGUUAUAUAGACAUAGUUAGAGAAGCUCAAUUCGGAACAGAUCUUCUAAACGUGCGAACUGUCGACGCCAUGGGAUUAGCCUUGGGACCCGAUAAUCUGCAUCUCACAACUGAGUCUCAGGUUCGGCUUGGGCAGAAGAUGGCCAAUGCAUUUUUUCAAUUUUUACCCAGCCAUCUUUCUCCUUCCAAUUCUAUUAAUACUACUAUUCAAAGCAAUACUUCUCCUACAACUAAUUUCUCUAACUUUAAUCUUGAGUUAAGCAGCCACCCCAUCACUCACUCUCAGCGCCACCCGACACCAUCCCAAUUGCACCUCCUCUAUUGGCUGAUGACCCUGCGAGUGCCGGAAUGCCAUCGCGAGCAUCGGAGACCACCCCUCAUCGUCUCCACCAUCUCAAGCAGUGAGAGCCUCCCUCGAGCCUUGGCCGUCACAACAACACCUCGCCAAAAUGCGCCCAAAUGCCCAACCGAGCCUCCUAACUGA